UGAAAUCCCCACAAACAUACACCACCAGCGACAUCCCCACAAACAUACACCACCAGCAACAUCCCUGCAAACAUACAACACCACCAGCAACAUCCCCACAAACAUACAACACCACCAGCGACAUCCCCACAAACUUACAACACCACCAGCAACAUCCCCACAAACAUACAACACCACCAGAAACAUCCCAACAAACAUACACCACCAGCAACAUUCACACAAACAUGCAACACCACCAGCAACAUUCCCAAAAACAUACACCACCAGCAACAUUCCCACAAACAUACAUCACCACCAGCAACAUCCCUGCAAACAUACAACACCACAAGCAGCAUCCCCACAAACAAACAACACCACCAGCAACAUUCUCACAAACAUACACCACCAGCAACAUUCCCACAAACAUACAUCACCACCAGCAACAUCCCUGCAAACAUACAACACCACAAGCAGCAUCCCCACAAACAUACAGCUCCACCAGCGACAUCCCCACAAACAUUCAGCACCACCAGUAA